AUGGCAACUGGAGGUGCACCCUCUCCUCAAGGGGAGGAACACCGUCUCUCAGAUCUGAGGAUUGUGCUGCUGGGGGGGAGAAACAGUGGGAAGAGUUCAGCAGGAAACACCAUCCUGGGCAGAGAGGAGUUUCAGUCUGGAAGAAGAACUGCACAGUGUGUGAAGAAACAGGGUGAAGUAGCUGGGAGGCAGGUCACUGUGGUCGACACUCCAAGCUGGUGGAGGAUUUAUUCUGUACAUCACACUCCAGAGCUGGAUAAACAGGAGAUUGUGCGCAGUGAGUCUCUGUGUCCCCCAGGACCCCAUGCUCUCUUCCUGGUCAUUGAUGUGAGCUCACCCUUCACAGAAACACACAGGAGAUCAGUGGAGCAACACCUGGAUCUUCUCAGUGAGAGUGUCUGGAGACACACUAUAGUGCUGUUCACCAGGGGAGACUGGCUGGGAGACACAAGCAUUGAGCAGCGCAUUGGGAGCAAAGGGAAGGCCCUCCAGUGGCUUGUAGAGAAAUGUGGGAACAGGUAUCAUGUUCUCAACAAUAAGGACAGGAGUGAUGGCACUCAGGUCACAGACCUGCUGAAGAAGAUAGAGGAGAUGGUGGCAGGACAUGGUGGCUGUCACUAUGAAAUGGACAGAAUGCUCUUACAGGAGGUGACAGAGAAGAGGAGGGCAGUGGAAGAAAGAGCGAAACAGAGACUGAUGAAGGUGCAGGAACAGAGGAAGACUCUCAGAGCGCUUUUCAAAGGAGAGGAACACCAUCUCUCAGAGCUGAGGAUUGUGCUGCUGGGGGGGAGAGAGAGUGGGAAGAGUUCAGCAGGAAACACCAUCCUGGGCAGAGAGGAGUUUCAAUCUGGAAGAAGAACUGCACAGUGUGUGAAGAGACAGGGUGAAGUAGCUGGGAGGCAGGUCACUGUGGUCGACACUCCAAGCUGGUGGAGGAUUUAUUCUGUACAGGACACUCCAGAGCUGGAUAAACAGGAGAUUGUGCGCAGUGUGUCUCUGUGUCCCCCAGGACCCUACGCUCUUUUCCUGGUCAUUAAAGUGAGCUCAUCAUUCACAGAGACACACAGGAAAUCGGUGGAGCAACACCUGGAGCUUCUCAAUGAGAGUGUCUGGAGACACACUAUAGUGCUGUUCACCUGGGGAGACUGGCUGGGAGACAGAACCAUUGAGCAGCACAUUGAGGCUGAAGGGAAGGCCCUCCAGUGGCUUGUAGAGAAAUGUGGGAACAGGUAUCAUGUUCUCAACAAUAAGGACAGGAGUGAUGGCACUCAGGUCACAGACCUGCUGAAGAAGAUAGAGAAGAUGGUGGCAGGACAUGGUGGCUGUCACUAUGAAAUGGACAGAAUGCUCUUACAGGAGGUGGAAGAGAAGAGGAGGGCAGUGGAAGAAAAAGCGAAACAACAGAUGAUGAAGGUGCAGAAGCAGAGGAAGACUCUCAGAGCGCUUUUCAAAGGGGAGGAACUCAAUCUCUCAGAGCUGAGGAUUGUGCUGCUGGGAGGGGGGGCGACUGGGAAGAGUUCAGCAGGAAACACCAUCCUGGGCAGAGAGGAGUUUGAGUCUGGAGUAAGAACUGCACAGUGUGUGAAGAGACAGGGUGAAGUAGCUGGAAGGCAGCUCACUGUGGUCGACACACCAGGCUGGUGGAGAAGUCAUUCUAUGAAGGGAACUCCUGCCCUAGAUAAACAGGAGAUUGUGCGCAGUGUGUCUCUGUGUCCCCCAGGACCCUACGCUCUUUUCCUGGUCAUUGAUGUGAGCUCAUCAUUCACAGAGACAUACAGGAGAUCAGUGGAGCAACACCUGGAUCUACUCAGUGAGAGAGUCUGGAGACACACUAUAGUGCUGUUCACCAGGGGAGACUGGCUGGGAGACAGAACCAUUGAGCAGCACAUUGAGGCUGAAGGGAAGGCCCUCCAGUGGCUUGUAGAGAAAUGUGGGAGCAGGUAUCAUGUUCUCAACAAUAAGGACAGGAGUGAUGGCACUCAGGUCACAGAGCUGCUGGAGAAGAUAGAGGAGAUGGUGACCAGAAACAGAGGUGGUUAUUUUAAUCCAGAGCAGAAGGAUGAGGGGUUGAAUCAGUGGUUUGAAGGAGGGAAAGUGGAUGAAAAGAAGCUGAAACAGAAGCUGGAGGAGGAAUGGAGCCGAAGAGAGGAGGAGCUGAUAGAGAGGGUGUCAAAGCUGGUGGUCGAGCCAGAGACAGAGGGAUACACUCUGCCAUCCAGGAAGGGGAGGGGCAGAAUGGAUUUUCCUCCUUCUCGUGAGUCUGAGUCAUUUCCUUGCCAGUGA